AUGGCCACGGAGACGCCUGCCACAGAGGCCACAGUCAGCCCAUCGCCUCUGCCUCGAUCAAUCCCCUUCUGGCGACUGGUCACCCAGCCCGGAGCAAUCACUCAGGAGGUGUUGGAUCAUCCCUAUGCCGGCUCCGGGACGGAGGAGGACCCGUUCGUGGUGCAAUGGCUGCCAAAGGACUUUCGCAACCCGCUGCAGCUGAGCCUUCCGAUGAAAUGGUCGAUCACGAUGAUCGCGGCGCUAGAAACCUUGGUGGUCGCGUUGGUGAGCUCCGCAUAUACCGGAGGGAUCGUCCAGAUUGAAGAGCAAUUUUCCACGACGACCGAGAUAGCCACGCUGGGAGUCUCGCUGUACGUGCUGGGCUUCGCGCUGGGCCCUCUGUUGUGGGCUCCGAUGAGUGAGCUCUUCGGUCGUCAGGUGGUGUUCAUCAGUACCUACUGCGGCUUGACCAUCUUCUGUGCCGCGACCACCGGGGCCAAGCACAUGGCCACCUUACUGAUCUUCCGCUUCCUGGCAGGCGCCUUUGGGUCCUCGCCCUUCACCAACUCUGGGGGCGUGAUCGCCGAUAUGUUUGCGGCCCGGGAGAGAGGGCUGGCCAUAUCGGCCUUUGCGCUGGCGCCGUUCCUAGGGCCGGUCAUUGGGCCGAUUGUCGGUGGAUUCCUUGGCAUGGAUGCCGGAUGGAAAUGGGUGAUGGGCCUGUUGGCUAUCCUAUGCGGCGUGAUGUGGUGCGUCGGCGCUGCCUUGAAGCCGGAAACAUAUGCGCCGGUGCUGCUCCGCCAGCGCGCAAAGACACUGUCCAAGCUCACCGGCAAGGUCUAUGUCAGUAAGCUCGAUAUCGAUCAAGGUCGUCCCAUCCUCAAAGAGGCUUUGAAAAUCGCGCUCUCCCGUCCAUUUCUGCUCUUGUUCCGCGAGCCUAUCGUCCUGCUCCUCUCGAUCUACCUGUCGAUCAUCUACGGGACACUCUAUAUGCUUUUCGGCGCAUUCCCGAUUGUGUACGAAAUCCACCGUGGGUGGAACCAGGGCAUCUCCGCCCUGGCCUUCCUGGGCGUUAUGGUGGGGAUGUUGAUGGCGAUUGCCUACUCGAUCCCAGAGAAUACUCGCUACGGGAAGCUGCUGGAGAAGAACGGCGGAUACUCCCCCCCGGAAAGUCGACUUCCGCCCUGUAUGAUCGCCUCGAUUGCCCUGCCCGCCGGCCUCUUCUGGUUUGCCUGGACCAACGCCCCAUCCACCCACUGGCUAGUCAGUGUUGCGGCCGGUGUUCCCUUCGGCUUUGGCAUGGUGCUCGUUUUCCUGAGUGUCUUCAACUACCUGAUCGAUGCCUACACAAUCUUCGCGGCUUCUGUUCUCGCGGCCACUUCGCUGCUGCGGUCACUGUUCGGCUUUGCCUUCCCGCUAUUCACGACCUAUAUGUAUGAAAACCUGGGCAUUCAUUGGGCCUCUUGUGUCCCGGCCUUCCUGGCCCUGGCUUGUGUUCCCUUCCCCUUUGUGCUCUACCACAGGGGCCUGUCGAUUCGCAAGUACUGCAAGUUCUCAGCGCAGUCCGAGGCCUUUGUUCAAAGUCUGCUUCACUCCGUCGGGGAGAAAGCUGUGGCCCCAGUGGAGCCUUCCCAGCCCGAUCAGCCGUCUCCCCAAGAGAAAGAGGCAGCAAUCACGUCGCACACUUUGCAAGACGAGAGCACCGAGGAUAUCUCCUCAAUGCAUCGCUCCCUCUCGCUUGGAUCCACUGAUAUCGCGCAAGUUCGGCGCGUUCCCACCUACGAGGGCAAUCCCUACAAUAUUGACCGCGUGCACACUCGCGAGUCGUUCAAAUAG